AUGGACGUGGCAACUAAACUAUUGUUGGCGAUGCUAUUAAUUAAAAAAAAGAAACGUAAAAAUACACCGAGAAGAUUCUGGGUGCAUCCAUUGCUUCCAGAAAGACCGAACAGAGGAUUAUUUUAUACACUGUUUGAUGACUUGGAAGGAGAUGAUGAAAAAUUCUUUUCAUAUUUUCGUAUGUCGAAGAAUACAUUCAAAGAACUUUUAUCUGGUAUCAAAAAUAAUAUAACGAAACAAGAUACUGUCAUGAGGAAGUCCAUUCCUCCGAAUGAAAAACUAGCUUUAACUCUGAGAUAUCUCGGGUCUGGAUACACGCUGAGCGAUCUUCACAUCGAUUAUCGCAUUGGAUUAUCAACAAUAUCUAACAUUGUUCGAGAAGUAUGCGAAUCUCUCUGGGCUGCAUUUAAAAAAAGUUGUUUCCCUACAAUCACGGAAGAACUACUAGCAAAAGUUGCUACAGAAUUUGAAGAACGAGCUAAUUUUCCACACGUUAUUGGAGCAAUCGAUGGGAAACAUAUUCGAGUAAUCAAGCCAGAGGGCAGUGCAUCAAUGAACUUCAAUUAUAAACAUUUUUUUUUCAUUCUCUUACUGGCAGCAUGUGAUUCAAAUUACAAAUUUUUAUACAUUGACGUAGGAGCACCAGGAAAAUCAAGUGAUUCAACAACUUUUAAAAACUCAACGCUGUAUACAUUGUUAAAAACUAACAAAAUUAAAUUACCACCACCCAAACCCCUUUCAGACGAAAGGUCAGACAAAAUUCCUUAUUUUUUAAUUGGAGACGAGGGAUUUGGACUUUGUCAAUUUCUUCUGAGACCAUUUGGUGGAAAAUAUUUGUCUAUGGGUAAAAAAGUAUUUAAUUACCGCCUUACAAGAGCCAGAAGAUACAUCGAAUGCAGUUUUGGAAUACUUAGUAAUGUUAACUAUUCUACUCAAUAA